GUGAUAACCAAACCAAAUAAAACCAGCUCUAGUUUCCAGUUACUGUGGAGGGAAAGACAUUUAGUGUUAUGUACUUCUUUAUCUUCCGUUUCUUUCUUUGAACUGAAAAUGUGAAUGAGAGUUUAUCUUCUCUCAGGGAUCCUCUUUUAAAUUAACUUGAGAUUCACAGUUCUAAUCUGAAGCUCAAGGUCCAAAACUUGAUCAGGGUUGCGUUUUUUUGUACAACUUGCGCAAAGUUAAUUUGGGACCCUAGAAACCAGCACAGAGGAACCUGCACCAAUUAUGGAGGAUUUUUCUUGGUCAGUGUUUUGUGGAGAAUUUGAUCAUUGUUCAAGAGGUGACGGAAAGCCAUGUGCUUCUGGAAUCCAUGCCAUUUACUCUCCUGAUACAUGUGCCAACAAUGCCAUUGUCAUUUUCGUCAAUAUAUUACUAAUACUUAUGUUCUUCCUAAGCUUUAUUUGCAAGCCCUCCUCAAGAACAGUUCAGAAUUCUAUCCGUUUUUCUCCUUUCGGGCUGGUCUCUGCCAUUUUCAAUGGUAGUUUGGGAUUUGUAUACGUCGGGUUAGGAGUUUGGAUUCUACAAGAUCAGAGUGCUUUACCAGUUCAUAGGUGGUUGGUGUUACUACUUCAGGGAUUCACAUGGUUGUGCCUCGGUUUAACUGUCGGCCUGAACGGAAAAAAUCUCGAGAAAAAAAUCAUGUGGCUUUGUGCUAUAGCUACUUGCUUGUUUGCAGGAAUCUUGUGUGCAUUGUCUGUUGUUGAUGCUGUCGCCGAUAACCAAGUUUCGGGUAAGACUAUUUUAGAUGUUUUAUCUCUACCAGGAGCAAUCGUGUUGCUGUUAUGCACAUAUAAGCUGAAAACAGGUGAAAAUCACAAUGAUGUAGCUGGCCAUGGUUAUUCUUUUCUGAAUGCUGAACCUAGUGCUAAGAGUAUUGAAACCCCGUUUGCGAAAGCCGGGUUGUUUAGUAAAGCGUCGUUCUGGUGGUUGAACUCAUUGAUGAAAAAAGGGAAGAAACACACUUUCAAGGAUGACGAUAUACCCAGGUUGCGGAAGGUUGAUCAAGCUGAAACCUCUUAUUUGUUAUUUAUGGAGGAAAUGAAGAAGCUUAAGCAAAUUGAUCCGUCUAGUCCACCUUCGGUUUUGCGAGCUAUCAUUAAUUGCUUCUGGAAGGAUAUUUUGAUUUCAGGUGUUUUUGCUAUGAUCAAGACUCUUACACUUUCUGUUGGUCCACUGCUUAUUAGUGCAUUCAUUGAGGUUGGAGAAGGAAGAGAAUCAUUCAAGCACGAAGGUUACGUCUUGGCUAUAACAUUGUUGUUUGCAAAAUGCUUAGAAUCCCUGUCGCAGAGGCAGUGGUAUUUUCGCAGCAGGCUUAUGGGUAUUCAAGUACGGUCAGUACUCUCGGCGGCUAUUUACAGGAAGCAACUGAGACUUUCUAAUGCUGCGAAGAAAAUGCAUUCAGCUGGUGAAAUAAUGAACUAUGUGACUGUAGAUGCUUACAGAGUAGGCGAAUUCCCAUUUUAUCUACAUCAAACAUGGACAACAGGUCUUCAGAUCAUUGUUGCUCUUGUGAUUCUCAUCCGUGCUGUAGGACCUGCAACGUUUUCUACUAUGAUCGUAAUAGUACUUACGGUGCUAUGCAAUACUCCAUUAGCCAAGCUACAACAUAAGUUCAAGGGUAAACUCAUGGGAGCACAGGAUAAGCGGUUAAAGGCUAUGUCUGAAGCUCUCGUUAGCAUGAAAGUGCUGAAACUUUACGCGUGGGAGAUGCAGUUCAAAAAUGUCAUAGAAGGACUAAGAAAAGAGGAAUACAAGUGGUUGUCAAUUGUGCAGCUUCAAAAAGCAUAUAGUAGUUUCCUCUUCUGGUCAGCUCCGGUGUUGGUCUCGGCUGCAACUUUUGGGACAUGUUACUUUCUUGGUGUUCCGCUUCAUGCAAGCAAUGUUUUCACUUUUGUAUCUACUUUCCGUAUCGUGCAAGAACCUAUUAAAGCAAUCCCUGAUGUUAUUGGAAUUGUCAUUGAUGCAAAUGUUGCAUUCUCAAGGAUUGUGAAGUUUCUUGACGCACCAGAGUUGGAGAAUGAAAAUGUCAGUGACAAGAAAAUUUCAGAGAUGCAUAAGCCCAGUAUUUCGAUUAAGUCAGGUAAUCUUUCAUGGGAAGAAGGCGCACCAAAGCCGAGCCUAAGAGGUAUAAACCUAGUGGUUCUGCCUGGUGAGAAGGUGGCAAUAUGCGGAGAGGUCGGUGCAGGUAAAUCGACUCUCUUAGCAGCAGUUCUUGGAGAGGUUCCGUACGUGGAAGGACAGAUUGAAGUUUCUGGGAAGAUUGCGUAUGUUUCUCAAACGGCGUGGAUUCAGUCAGGAAGCAUACAGGAUAAUAUUCUAUUUGGAUGCAACAUGGAUAGACAAAGAUACCAAGAAACACUUGAAAAAUGUUCUUUGUCGAAGGACCUUGAGAUGCUACCUUUUGGAGAUCUAACUGAAAUAGGAGAAAGAGGAAUUAAUCUGAGUGGAGGUCAGAAGCAGCGGAUUCAGCUCGCUCGUGCACUCUAUCAAAAUGCUGAUAUAUAUCUUUUGGAUGAUCCAUUCAGUGCAGUUGAUGCUCACACUGCUACAAGCCUAUUCAACGAAUAUGUAAUGGGAGCACUUUCAGGGAAGACAGUCUUACUAGUCACUCAUCAAGUCGAUUUCCUUCCUGACUUUGAUUCUAUACUGUUAAUGUCAGAUGGGGAAAUCCUACAUGCUGCUCCAUAUCAUGCGCUGUUGAGUUCUAGCAAAGAAUUUUCUGACCUUGUCAAUGCGCACAAAGAUACAGCCGGUACUGAAAGUCGGCCAACUGAAGUUGCAUCUCCUAUUAUACCUAUCAAGGAAAUUGCAGUAAGCAAAAACAAGAAGCAAUUUAUAGAGCCAGUGGGAGAUCAACUAACUAAGAAAGAAGAGCGAGAAAGCGGAGACACCGGUUUGAAACCUUAUAUACAGUAUCUGAAUCAGAACAAAGGCUACUUUUACUUUGGCUUAGGAAUUUUUUCUCACCUCACGACAGUAAUCGGGCAAAUAUUGCAAAACUCUUGGAUGGCUGCUAAUGUCGACAAUGCUCAAGUCAGCAAAGCAAGAUUGAUCAUAGUGUACUUGAUUAUCGGAUUUACGUCAACGUUGUUCAUACUUGUGAGGAGUCUUUGUACUGUUUCUUUGGGUAUGCAGUCAACACAAGCCCUAUUCUCUCAGCUUCUGAAGUCCCUUUUCCAUGCACCAAUAUCGUUUUACGACUCUACGCCUUUCGGAAGGAUCUUAAGCCGGGUCUCAUCUGAUUUGAGUAUCAUCGACCUUGACAUUCCGUUUGCAUUGAUAUUCUCUGUCAGUACUGCCAUAAACACAUACUCUAUUCUUGGAGUUCUUGCUUUUGUUACAUGGCAAGUACUGGCACUCUCGAUACCCAUGGUAGUAAUGGCGAUACACUUACAGAAAUACUACUUCGCUUCUGCUAAAGAGUUUAUGCGAAUCAACGGAACAACCAAGUCGGUGAUAGCAAAUCAUCUUGCUGAAUCCAUAGCCGGAGCAAUGACAAUCAGAGCAUUCGGGGAGGAGGAAAGAUUCUUUGCUAAGAAUCUUGAUCUCAUUGACAAAAAUGCAAGUCCUUACUUUCACAUUUUCUCUGCAAAUGAGUGGUUGAUUCAACGUUUAGAAACCCUGAGUGCCAUUGUUCUUUCCUCCUCUGGGCUUAUGAUGGUCCUGCUUCCUCCAGGGACUUUUGGUUCUGGAUUUAUUGGAAUGGCGCUAUCUUAUGGUCUGUCGUUGAACAUAGCUCUUGUGCAAUCUGUUCAAAACCAGUGCACCGUAGGAAAUUACAUCAUUUCCGUAGAGAGGGUAAGUCAGUACAUGCACGUUCCUAGCGAAGCCCCGCAAGUAAUAGAAUCAAAUCGACAGCAACCAAGUUGGCCGGAUAAGGGAAGAGUAGAGAUUCUUGAUUUAAAGGUUCGAUAUAGGCUCGAUACUCCACUUGUUUUACGCGGAAUCAGUUGCACAUUCGAUGGAGGGCACAAAAUUGGGAUAGUAGGAAGAACAGGCAGCGGAAAAACAACUCUUAUCAGUGCACUGUUCCGUUUAGUAGAGCCUGUAAGCGGGAAAAUCAUCAUAGAUGGUGUCGACAUUUCAAAAAUUGGACUUCAUGAUCUAAGGUCACGCUUAGGGAUCAUUCCUCAAGAUCCAACUCUCUUUAAUGGGACAGUCAGAUACAAUUUGGACCCUUUGUCAGAACACACCGACUCAGAAAUCUGGGAGGUCCUUAGGAAAUGCCAGCUUCAAGAAUCUGUACAAGAGAAAGGAGAGGGACUGAAUUCACUAGUUGCGGACGACGGAUCAAACUGGAGCAUGGGACAGAGACAGUUGUUCUGCUUAGGCCGUGCUCUGCUGAGGAGAAGUAGAAUACUAGUGCUGGAUGAAGCCACAGCAUCGAUCGACAAUACAACUGACGCAAUUCUUCAGAAAACGAUCAGGGUGGAAUUUGCAGAUUGUACUGUGAUUACAGUAGCUCACAGAAUACCAACUGUGAUGGACUGCACCAUGGUGCUUGCUCUCAGUGACGGAAAACUAAUGGAGUAUGAUGAGCCCAUGAAGUUGAUGGAGAGGGAAGGAUCGCUCUUUGCGAAGCUCGUCAAAGAAUAUUGGUCUCACGUUCAUUCUGCAAAUUCAAGCUGAAGCUACACUGCAACAUCUCUAGUUGACGAAUAAACUUGUCUCCCCUUGUAAAAUAAUAUACUUUUCCAGAUUAAAAUGUAAUAAGUCUUUUAAGCCUUUAACAAUGUUUUACCUAUUAUUUUUCCUGCUUCAAUGAUUUCGACAGCAAGAUCAGUUUUCUUUGGUUAGGUUCCGUCAGUAAACACUCUGUUUUUAGGCUCUGUUUACAUGACUUUGCUUUUCCUAUGUAAGGUUUUUUUAAGCUAGUGCUGUAGUAGUUGCAGUUAA